GAAGAGGAUUCGAGCCCUUUCUCGCUCGCCCUCGAACCCGCCGACUAUUCCUCGUCAGCUCUCAGCUCUCAGCUCUCAGCUCUCUCCAGCUCGCUCGAGCUCCUCGAUAGUCACUCGCGCGAACCUCAGACCGACGUAAACCACUCAUUCCGGAAGAGGAUCUCCACUUCCGGGCAAACAGGUGCCCUUCCGCCAUCCAGCAACAGCGCCUCCUUUCGACGAGCCGAGAUCGUUAAGAUGACGAUCGCGAGGGCGACGGGCAAAAGCCUGGUGGCUUGCUGUGCCCUGGUGCUUCUUGGUGGCUCCUCAUUAGCCAGCGAGAACGACCACGCCUCGACGCACCCUCUGCUGGACGGCGCGACACGCGGAGCCCCUGAGAAACGGGCCUACACCUACGUCUCCGAGUACAAAAGGCUGCCCGUUUACAACUUCGGGCUCGGCAAAAGGUGGGGCGCCCCCGCCACCGUCGACGGAACCGACGACAAGAGAAUGAGGACAUUUUCGUUCGGCCUAGGGAAACGAGCGCAGCCCUACAGCUUCGGCCUGGGAAAACGAGGCAACCUGGGGUACAACCCGAUGCGGAUGAACCUGGACUAUCCUCUGGACUACGGCUACGAGAACUUCGUCGAAGACGAGGCUUUGGAAGACCUGCUGCCCGAUAAACGCAGCGGUCGUUUGUACAGUUUCGGCCUAGGAAAGCGAGUUUCCGGUCUAGGUCCCAGGGAAGUCCUGGGCACGGGGAAGCAGUCCGGCAGCGAUUUCGCUCAGAGAUACUUGAUGGGGUCAGGGAAAAGAAUCGCCGAGGAGGAGGAAGUGGUCGCAUAGGUUUUUCGCCCCGUCGCGAGCGUCCAGGUCGACCUCCGGAUCCCGAAAGGGACGCUCCAGGAUUGGGAUGGGACUUCCCUUGGAAGUGGAACCUUAGUUCGAUAGGAUUGCUCGGUUAUUUUGCAAUUCGUAUUAACCCUCCUCGACGAACCGUCAUCUCCGUUUUCUCCAAUCUGGACGUUCUCAACUGCACGUGCACUCGACGUCCUCUCGUAGAUGAUAGUGACGUCAGCGUAGUCUAUUAAGGUCGAGACCGCGGAGCCCGCCAUUUUGGAAAAUUCUUUAAGAGGAUAUGAAAGUGACAUCCGAGCUGUCCGAGUCACUAAAUCUUUUGCAAUGUAAAACAGAUUGUUAUUAGUUAUUAAACUCGGAAUUAAUAUAUAUUAGAAGCAGGAUAAAUAGCGCAGGUUUUGUCCAGGUCAGUCCGAAUUGUCUAGUCGGCCGUGUUUGAAAAUUCCUAGUCCGUAUCGUCGAUUUCUGAUACUUGAUUGAUUGCUCUUAAUGGCUAGUCGUCAAAUUGUAACGUGCUAUCCGAAGAAUACCAAUAUUUCGUUCAUGUCGCAAAAAGCCAAUAUUUACAGAACAUGUGCGGACCGAAAUCGCUAUUUCCAUUCGUUCAUCCCGAUGGUCGAAACGCGAAACGUAAAGCUGUCUAAUUUUACGGUUCUUCCUGAAAAAUCGUCCCAUAUAUUUUCCGAAAUUGCGUUAUUAAAAAUGAAUUUGCGUGUCCAAAUGACCGGCGACUUGGUCGUUCCCAGUGAAACGAGUCUCAUCUUCUUCGUAGUUAUGUAGGGACCGUUGCGUCCAGUAUGGCGGAUUCUGCGGCUUCGUCGCGGGACUCCCACCUCGUGAGUUCGUAGGGGCAUUUGCGGUUGGCGAACUCGAUUUUCGAAAAUGAAGGAAGAAGCGCGACUGGUCGAGACGAUCGAUCCCAAAGCACCGCUUCAAUUCGAGGUUGAGUGCAUGUACAUCUAAUGUUAUAGGUUAAAGUUUAGGUGUAGUUGAAGACUUCGCUCGUCGCAGAGUCCUCGAAUAUCCCGCACGGAACGCGCGUCGGUCGACCCGUCUCGUUCUGGCCGAGGAUAUCUUUUCUGGAAUCCAUAAACGUUCCAAAGACGUUCUAAUCUCGUUUCAAAUGCGUUAGAGGUCGACCGACGACAUCUUGCAAGACAUUGCAUUUCCUUUCAAAUAUCUCCAUUCGAUCGUGUGUAUCCUCUCUGUCGAAAUAAAGAGGCUGUCUGUAACUCAC